AUGGUUGUUUGCACCUAUUAUCAGCAGGGCCGGUGUAGAUAUGGAGAUCGCUGUAGAAAUGAACAUCCAGGCCAGCAAACACUAGCUUCAGGGAACCGGUUUGGAGCUCUAUCUGGCCGUCAGGGCCCUCAAAAGCAACAAGGCUCCAAUUAUGGAAUAACGACAGCUGAUAUCAAAACCGACUUAACUGCCGGCCAAGGCCGGCCUGAGUGGGUUUUUUCCUGCUACGGACCUGGGCGGAAUGCACCAAAGCAACUGUUUGGAGGUCCCCAACGGGAACAAAGCUUUGAAGAACUACGGCUGCGCCAUUAUGAAGUCGCUGCUUCGGGAAAUGCAGAACAGGCAGUCCAAGAGGCACAGGCUCUCUACACGGAGUCCUUAAAACAGAUGGACAUCAUCCUGAAUGAUUUGAAUGGCGCUGUGAAGUAUAUCCUUGAUGGCAUAAACGAGCAUCCAAACCGUAUUGACAUCAUAGAGGGCAAAGCUGGCCCUGCUACAAACCAAGGAGCUAAUCCGUUUGGCCAACCUGCGCCAUUUGGCCAGCCUUCCGCUCAACCUUCGCCCUUUGGCCAGCCUGCGUUGGGCAGCCAGCCGGCAUUGGGAAAGCCCUCAGGAUUUAGCCAGCCAUCUGCAUUUGGACAACCGUCUAGCCUAGGACAACCGUCUGGAUUUGGGCAACCUUCUGGAUUUGGACAACCGUCUGGAUUUGGACAACCGACUACUCUAGGCCAAGGCUCUGCGUUUGGGACUCCUUCGGGCUUAGGCGCGCCGACUUCACUUGGUAAAACAGCAGCCGGGCCUAGUUUUGGUCAACCUGCUUUCGGGCAGUCUUCGUUCGGCCAGCCUUCAACGUUAGGAACGUCAUCGCUUGGGACGGCUAGUUCCAGUCCAUUCGGCCAGCUUUCCAAUCAAAACCAGGGCGUGGGUGGCGGGUUUGGUCAAGCAUCAUCCGCCGUUUCUCCGUUUGCACAGGUUUCUAGUCAACAGCCUGCAGCACCCUCUGGAUUUGGUCAACCGGCAGCUACGCAGGCACCAACCGGCGGAUUCGGCCAGCCUGCUCAAACGUCAUCGCCAUUUACCGCAGCAAAGCAACCCCCAAAUCCAUUUGGACAACCUUCGACAGCCCCAAAUCCAUUUGGGGCUCCAAGCCAACCGUCCCCUCCUUCUAUUGGAAAUCCAGGUGGGAGUGCACUUCCCCAGCCUGCUCAGAAUACAACGGCUCCCGUAGCGACUGGCACAGCUGCUGCUACCGGACCUCCCGCAACUAUCAAGAUCGAAAAUCCCAAUGAACUGGCUCCCAUUCCGCCAUUAAAUGGUCAGACACUACGGGACCCAACGACAAAGAGGAUAUCUGCGUGGAAAGGACAGCCUGUGAAAUAUAUUGAAAAUGCGCCAUGCUAUCUACACCCACAGGACCGCCAAACCUUUGUCCGUAUACUCUUUCCAGAUGGGGCACCGGAUGUGGCGAGCCUGAGGGAUGCCCACGGGAAACCGGAGGAGUAUACCCCCGAAGUGACCGAGCAGUACGAUUUCUUUGUGAAGAAUGGAUAUUUCAAAGAUGGCGUUAUCCCGAGCGUUCCGCCUAAAACAGAAUGGGUGAGCUUUGAUUUCUAG